GCAGUUGCAUUGUGGGAGACAGAUGAUUGACACGGCCGCCAUUUUGCUCCUGCUCUCUCUGCUUCCAUUGUGUGAGUGAUAGUAAAUAUCUGACACUGCCAGACAACCACAACUCACUUGUAUCCUUGCGGAGAAAAAGCGCUGAAUUCACCCUUGGUGACUCUUCAUCGUAAUGGCUCGUACCAAGCAGACUGCUCGUAAGUCCACUGGAGGAAAGGCUCCUCGUAAGCAGCUGGCCACCAAGGCUGCUCGCAAGAGUGCCCCCUCUACUGGAGGCGUCAAGAAGCCCCAUCGUUACAGGCCCGGCACCGUGGCUCUGAGAGAGAUCCGUCGGUACCAGAAGUCCACCGAGCUGCUGAUCCGCAAGCUGCCCUUCCAGCGCCUGGUGAGGGAGAUCGCUCAGGACUUCAAGACCGACCUGCGCUUCCAGAGCGCCGCCAUUGGAGCCCUGCAGGAGGCCAGCGAGGCGUACCUGGUGGGUCUAUUCGAGGACACCAACCUGUGUGCCAUCCAUGCCAAGCGUGUCACCAUCAUGCCCAAAGACAUCCAGCUGGCACGCCGCAUCCGUGGAGAGCGCGCUUAGACGGCCUCCCUAAUGUUUCACCUCUGUCCUGUUUUUCUUGACCUGUCCCUACCCUCGCUCCCUUAUUCUACCCCACCCACCCACCCACCCACCGACCUGCACCCAUCCCUGGCACUCUCCCUCCCCUGCCUGCCCAGCUUCUCAGUAGACUUUAGAGUAAUCCUGAUUAUGAAGAGAUAGAAAUAUGUUAAAGUCUGGUCUCUCAUAGGUUGUUUUUUUUUGUCUUCACCAAAUGUUUUUAGGGUACCGUUUUUUUGUGUGCAUGUAAAAGGUUUUGCAGAUCAGACGCCCAUGCGCACACACACUCCAACGAGCGUCACCGUGGUCAGUGUGGCAAACGGAGCUGAAGCAGCGGGACGUGGCCGAGGGGCUAGUCUGCUUAAGGGGAGCUGCAACUUCCACAGCAGGGUGCUAUUAAAGCUAGUCCUGAGGCCUCGGCCCCACCUGAACCCCCCCCUCCUCCCCUCCAGCCCAGUCCGUCACUCGACAGCCCAGCUCCCGGCUCGCUCUGCGGCCAGACGGCUCGCUCUACCUUUUCAAACCACCUCUUCACCUCUGUAACCUGCACUGGGAGUGGAUGGCGCUCUGUUGGUCGGUUUGCGUGGAUGUGUGAGCUCUGAUCUUUCAAAACACUUGUUACUCAACAAACAAGAAUUGUUUUUGGUUGCUUAGGAAUAUUGAUUAUCAUUGUGGAUAUGGUGUCUAUUUUUUUUACGCAUUUAAUUCAUGGGUGAGCAUCUCUUCUCUUUACCACUUACAAAAUGAUCAAAUUCAGAGUAAAAACGCAUUUAAUAUUGUCAACAUGGUUAUCAGUGGUUUCUAUUUUACAGGGAUCUGAUUUGCAAUAAAAAAUCAGGAAGGGCUUCUCUGUUUUCCAAGGCAACUUCUAUUCUAAUGGCAGCCACACGGGGGGGAUGGUUUACCAUCUCCUCCUCUAUUCAAUAGUUCACUGUAUCCUUGUAUCAGUCAUCACACACCUCUCUCUCUCUCUCUCUCUCUCUCUCUCUCUCUCUCUCUCUCCACAGAUAGGCUUUAGACUUGUCACAACAGUAGGACUUGACAUUAUAGUGAAGGUUAGACUCUGCAUGUUAAGGGUCUCUGUGUCUCCUGCUCUCUGUAGAUCUGAACGUGUAAUCUGUCCCUUUCUCAAUAUUUGUGAUACACAAUAUAACCUCAUAUUUGUUUUAUUUUAUAUUUUUCUUAUUCCUCGAGAUUUUCAGACGUAUAAAUAAACUGAUCUUUGUAUUUUCCAAAUUUCUCAUAUUAUGGUGGUAAUAAAUAGGUGUUAAAACAAA